AUGCAGCUCAAUAAAGAGCGCCAGCGCAAGAUACGGAACAUGUUGCAUAGAUCGUUUCCCAGAGAGGACACCCCCCAAUUCGAGCAAUGGGAACGCAAUCAACAGAUGUCGACCCUCCUCCGCCUGCCCCCCGAGCUCCGAAAUCGAAUAUACGAACUCGUGCUCGACGUCGGCCAAAUUCACGUGUGUUUCAAGAAGUGGAAGCACCGCAUUCAGACGCGCAACGGCCAGCGCUACUACGAGACGACCGAGGGCGGCUUCUGCUGCCAGAUCCUCGACAGGGACCAGAACCCAUGGAAAGCCAUAUCAACGACAAACGCCCCUAGCUCGGCGGCCUCGCCUCGCCGCGGCAUGACCCUCCUGUCGCCCGUCUGCCGCCAGCUCUACCACGAGACCGCCCUGCUGCCAUUCCGCCUCAACGCCUGGUCUUUUGAGUCCGCCCAGGUUAUGGACCGAUAUGUCAUGAAGGAGAAGCGACUGCCGCGCCCACACCGGCGCGCCAUCCGGUUGCUCUACUCUCCCGUCGUCCUGCCGGCGCCGGUCGAGAAUUACUUUGGUGGUCUGCAAAUGAUCGUGCUCGAUUCGGGACUGACAAUGGUGAGGCGCGUGGUCGAGCCUGGCUCGGACAUUGGCCGCCACCGUGCAUCUCUCGGUUGGGAGGUCCAUUCCGGGACCUGGAAGAGAACUCGAGCCGAGGGCCGUCGUCUUGUCGUCGACAUGGAUCGCCUUUGCCCACCUGAGGACGAAAUCUGGUAG